AUGACUAACCUCCUUUUCAGACGCGCUUGCUCUCAAUCCCACAACGGCAACGGCGACGCCGGCGCCAACGAUGGUGACGACGAUGAAGACAGUGACCACGAUGACGAUGAAAACGAGACGGCCAUCUGCUUAGAGCAACAACGUCGGCAUCAAGGACGCCAACCAUCGGCGAUCGUAGCUCUGAUAGGUCUUUCAUUCUCUCACUCUUUGAUUACUGUCUCUCUCGCUCUUCCUCUGUAUUGUAAAAACAACGGAGCAAAACGAAUAACACAAGCGCAUUCUCAUCGAAUUCUUCGCGAAAACGCGAAACGAACAGACGAAAAAAGGGACGACGACGACGACGACGACGGUGAUGACAACAACAGAACAGCAUGCCCACGUCGACACCUUCAACAGCCAGCAGCGAAGGACUAUUGUCCCGUCAGUGAAUACGAACGAAGCGGAACAACAAUUCAGCUUGUGAUUCCGAUGUUUCAGAAUGGCUCUCCUCUUCCAUUGUGCUGUUCUUUUGUGACGUAG